AUGAGGAGACUGGCUUUUCGAGGCGCUGGUUGUGCUCUGGUAAAGCUGAAGAAGUUGGAUUCCAUGGGUUCCAAGAGAAGAAGAGCUACCUCGCCAUCCAGUAGCGUCAGUGGGGACUUUGAUGACGGGCACCAUUCUGUAUCUACACCUGGCCCAAGCAGGAAAAGGAGGAGACUUUCCAAUCUUCCAACUGUAGAUCCUAUUGCUGUAUGCCAUGAAUUGUACAAUACCAUUCGAGACUAUAAGGAUGAGCAAGGCAGGCUCCUCUGUGAGCUCUUCAUUAGGGCACCGAAACGAAGAAAUCAACCAGACUAUUACGAAGUGGUUUCUCAGCCCAUUGAUUUAAUGAAAAUCCAACAAAAGCUAAAAAUGGAAGAGUAUGAUGAUGUUAAUCUGCUGACUGCCGACUUCCAGCUGCUUUUUAACAAUGCAAAGGCCUAUUACAAGCCAGAUUCUCCUGAGUAUAAAGCUGCUUGCAAACUGUGGGAUUUGUACCUUCGAACAAGAAAUGAGUUUGUUCAAAAAGGAGAAGCAGAUGAUGAAGAUGAUGAUGAAGAUGGGCAAGACAAUCAAGGCACAGUGACCGAAGGAUCUUCUCCAAGUUACUUGAAGGAGAUCCUGGAGCAGCUUCUUGAAGCCAUAGUUGUAGCCACAAAUCCAUCAGGACGUCUCAUUAGUGAACUUUUUCAGAAACUGCCUUCUAAAGUGCAAUAUCCAGACUAUUAUGCAAUAAUUAAGGAGCCUAUAGAUCUCAAGACCAUUGCCCAGAGGAUACAGAAUGGAAGCUACAAGAGUAUUCAUGCAAUGGCCAAAGAUAUAGAUCUCCUAGCAAAAAAUGCCAAAACUUAUAAUGAGCCUGGUUCUCAAGUAUUCAAGGAUGCAAAUUCUAUAAAAAAAAUAUUUUAUAUGAAAAAGGCAGAAAUUGAACAUCAUGAAAUGGCUAAGUCAAGCCUUCGAAUGAGGACUCCAUCAAAUGUGGCUACAGCCAGGCUGACAGGUCCUUCACACAGUAAAGGCAGCCUUGGUGAAGAGAGAAAUCCCACUAGCAAGUAUUACCGUAAUAAAAGAACAGUCCAAGGGGGUCGUUUGUCAGCAAUUACCAUGGCACUUCAGUAUGGCUCAGAAAGUGAAGAGGAUGCUGCCUUAGCUGCAGCACGUUAUGAAGAAGGAGAGUCGGAAGCAGAGAGCAUUACUUCAUUUAUGGAUGUUUCAAAUCCUUUUUAUCAGCUUUAUGACACAGUUAGGAGUUGUCGGAAUAACCAAGGGCAGCUAAUAGCUGAACCUUUUUUCCAUUUGCCUUCAAAGAAAAAAUACCCUGAUUAUUAUCAGCAAAUUAAAAUGCCCAUAUCCCUACAACAGAUCAGAACAAAGCUAAAGAACCAAGAAUAUGAAACUUUGGAUCAUUUGGAGUGUGAUCUGAAUUUAAUGUUUGAAAAUGCCAAACGCUAUAAUGUUCCCAAUUCAGCCAUCUACAAGCGAGUUCUGAAAUUGCAGCAGGUCAUGCAGGCAAAGAAGAAGGAGCUUGCCAGGAGGGAUGACAUUGAGGAUGGAGACAGCAUGAUUUCUUCAGCCACCUCUGAUGCUGGUAGCGCCAAAAGAAAAAGGAACACUCUUGACAGUGAGAUGUUGGGUCUCAGGAGGCUCUCCAGUAAAAAGAACAUAAGAAAGCAGCGAAUGAAAAUCUUAUUCAAUGUUGUUCUUGAAGCUCGUGAGCCAGGUUCAGGCAGAAGACUUUGUGAUCUCUUUAUGGUUAAACCAUCCAAAAAGGACUAUCCUGACUAUUAUAAAAUCAUAUUGGAGCCAAUGGAUUUGAAAAUAAUUGAACAUAACAUCCGCAAUGACAAGUAUGCAGGGGAAGAGGGAAUGAUAGAAGACAUGAAGCUGAUGUUCCGGAACGCCAGGCACUACAACGAGGAGGGCUCCCAGGUGUACAACGACGCACACAUCCUGGAGAAGUUACUCAAGGAUAAAAGGAAAGAGCUGGGCCCGCUGCCUGAUGAUGACGAUGUGGCUUCUCCCAAACUCAAGCUGAGUAGGAAGAGUGGAAUUUCUCCUAAAAAAUCAAAAUACAUGACUCCAAUGCAGCAGAAACUAAAUGAAGUCUAUGAAGCUGUAAAGAACUAUACCGAUAAGAGGGGUCGCCGCCUCAGUGCCAUAUUUCUGAGGCUUCCGUCUAGAUCCGAGCUGCCUGACUACUAUCUGACCAUUAAAAAGCCCAUGGACAUGGAAAAAAUUCGAAGUCACAUGAUGGCCAACAAAUACCAAGAUAUAGACUCCAUGGUUGAGGACUUUGUCAUGAUGUUUAACAAUGCCUGUACAUACAAUGAGCCUGAGUCUUUGAUUUACAAAGAUGCCCUUGUCCUACACAAGGUCCUGCUUGAAACUCGGAGAGACCUGGAGGGAGAUGAGGACUCUCAUGUCCCAAAUGUGACCCUGCUGAUUCAAGAACUUAUUCACAAUCUUUUUGUGUCAGUCAUGAGUCAUCAGGAUGAUGAAGGAAGAUGCUACAGUGAUUCCUUAGCAGAAAUUCCUGCUGUGGAUCCCAACUUCCCAAACAAACCUCCUCUUACAUUUGACAUAAUUAGAAAGAAUGUUGAAAAUAAUCGCUACCGGCGGCUCGAUUUAUUUCAAGAGCAUAUGUUUGAAGUCUUGGAAAGGGCAAGAAGGAUGAAUCGGACAGAUUCCGAAAUCUACGAGGACGCGGUAGAACUGCAGCAGUUUUUUAUUAAAAUUCGUGAUGAACUCUGCAAAAAUGGAGAGAUCCUGCUUUCACCAGCACUCAGCUAUACCACAAAACAUUUGCAUAAUGAUGUGGAGAAAGAGAAAAAGGAAAAAUUGCCAAAAGAACUAGAGGAAGAUAAACUAAAACGAGAAGAAGAAAAAAGAGAAGCUGAAAAGAGCGAAGACUCCUCAGGCGCCGCAGGCCUCUCUGGCUUACACCGCACAUACAGCCAGGACUGCAGCUUUAAGAACAGCAUGUACCAUGUCGGAGACUACGUCUAUGUGGAGCCCGCAGAGGCCAGCCUGCAGCCACACAUCGUCUGCAUUGAAAGACUGUGGGAAGAUUCUGCUGGUGAAAAAUGGUUGUAUGGCUGUUGGUUUUAUCGGCCAAAUGAAACAUUCCAUCUGGCUACACGGAAAUUUCUAGAAAAAGAAGUUUUUAAGAGUGACUAUUACAAUAAAGUUCCCGUUAGUAAAAUUCUAGGAAAAUGUGUGGUCAUGUUUGUCAAGGAAUACUUUAAAUUAUGCCCAGAAAACUUUCGAGAUGAGGAUGUUUUUGUCUGCGAAUCACGGUAUUCUGCCAAAACCAAAUCUUUUAAGAAAAUUAAACUGUGGACCAUGCCCAUCAGCUCAGUGAGGUUUGUCCCUCGGGAUGUGCCCUUGCCUGUGGUCCGAGUGGCCUCUGUAUUCGCAAAUGCAGAUAAAGGGGAUGAUGAGAAGAACACAGACAACUCAGAGGACAGUCGAACAGAAGACAGUUUUAACUUGGAAAAGGAGAAAGAAGAUGUCCCUGUGGAAAUGUCAAAUGGUGAACCAGGUUGCCACUACUUUGAGCAGCUCCGUUAUAAUGACAUGUGGCUAAAGGUUGGCGAUUGUGUCUUCAUCAAGUCCCAUGGCCUGGUGCGCCCUCGCGUGGGCAGAAUUGAAAAGGUAUGGGUCCGAGAUGGAGCUGCAUAUUUUUAUGGCCCCAUCUUCAUUCACCCAGAAGAGACGGAACAUGAGCCCACAAAAAUGUUCUACAAAAAAGAAGUGUUUCUGAGUAAUCUGGAAGAAACCUGCCCCAUGACAUGUAUUCUGGGAAAGUGCGCUGUGUUGUCAUUCAAGGACUUCCUCUCCUGCAGACCAACUGAGAUACCAGAAAAUGACAUUCUGCUUUGUGAGAGCCGCUACAACGAGAGUGACAAACAGAUGAAGAAAUUCAAGGGACUGAAGAGGUUUUCACUCUCUGCUAAAGUGGUAGAUGAUGAGAUUUAUUACUUCAGAAAACCAAUCGUUCCUCAGAAAGAGCCCUCACCUUUGUUGGAAAAGAAGAUCCAGUUGCUAGAAGCAAAAUUUGCUGAGUUAGAAGGUGGAGAUGAUGAUAUUGAAGAGAUGGGAGAAGAGGAUAGUGAGGUCAUUGAGCCUCCUCCUCUACCUCAACUUCAGACCCCGCUGGCCAGUGAGCUGGAUCUCAUGCCCUACACACCCCCACAGUCUACCCCAAAGUCAGCCAAAGGCAGUGCAAAGAAGGAAGGCUCCAAACGGAAAAUCAACAUGAGUGGCUACAUCCUGUUCAGCAGUGAGAUGAGAGCUGUGAUUAAGGCCCAGCAUCCAGACUACUCUUUUGGGGAGCUCAGCCGACUGGUGGGGACAGAAUGGAGAAACCUUGAGACAGCCAAGAAAGCAGAAUAUGAAGAGCGGGCAGCUAAAGUUGCUGAGCAGCAGGAGAGAGAGCGCGCAGCACAGCAACAGCAGCCGAGUGCUUCUCCCCGAGCAGGCACCCCUGUGGGGGCUCUCAUGGGGGUGGUGCCACCACCAACACCAAUGGGGAUGCUCAAUCAGCAGUUGACACCUGUUGCAGGCAUGAUGGGUGGCUAUCCGCCAGGCCUUCCACCUUUGCAGGGCCCAGUUGAUGGCCUUGUUAGCAUGGGCAGCAUGCAGCCACUUCACCCUGGGGGGCCUCCACCCCACCAUCUUCCGCCAGGUGUGCCCGGCCUCCCGGGCAUCCCACCACCGGGUGUGAUGAAUCAAGGAGUGGCCCCUAUGGUGGGGACUCCAGCACAAGGCGGAAGUCCGUACGGACAGCAGGUAGGAGUUUUGGGGCCUCCAGGGCAGCAGGCACCACCUCCAUAUCCUGGCCCACAUCCAGCCGGCCCCCCUGUCAUACAGCAGCCAACAACGCCCAUGUUUGUGGCUCCCCCACCGAAGACACAACGGCUUCUCCACUCAGAGGCCUACCUGAAAUACAUUGAAGGACUCAGUGCUGAGUCCAACAGCAUUAGCAAGUGGGACCAAACCCUGGCAGCUCGAAGACGCGAUGUCCAUUUGUCAAAGGAACAGGAGAGCCGCCUCCCCUCUCACUGGCUGAAAAGUAAAGGGGCCCACACCACCAUGGCAGAUGCCCUCUGGCGCCUUCGGGAUUUGAUGCUCCGAGACACCCUCAACAUUCGCCAAGCAUACAAUCUAGAAAACCUUUAAUCACAUCAAUUACGUUUCUUUUAUAGAAGCAUAAAGAGUUUUGUGGAACAGUAGCCAUUUUAGUUACUGGGGGCGGGGGGAGGAACAAAGGAUGGUAAUUUUUAUUGCAUUUUACUGUACAUCACAAGGCCAUUUUUAUAUAAGGACACUUUUAAUAAGCUAUUUCAAUUUGUUUUUGUUAUAUUAAGUUGACUUUAUCAAAUACACAGAGAUUUUUUUGCAUAUGUUUCCUUCGUUUAAAACCAGUUUCAUAAUUGGUUGUAUAUGUAGACUUGGAGUUUUAUCUUUUUACUUGUUGCCAUGGAACUGAAACCAUCAAAGGUUUUGUCUUGGCUUGGGAUUUUGGUUUUUGGUUUUUGGUUUUGUUUUUUUAUAAAAGAACAAACAAAAUGAAAAAAAUAUACACACGCGCGUGCGCACGAGAGUUUACAGAUUAGUUUAAGUUGACAAUUAAAUGUGAAGUUGGUCCUAGUUUACAUCUUACAGAGGGGAGUGCACUGGUGUCUGCUUCAUGUACCUGAGUAUCUUGAGCCACUUCAGCAAAAGCUGUUUUGUAUAGGUGAAGUGAAAGGUUGUUAUUUCAGGUUACAGGUGUUUGGCAGACCUGGCACAUUUGCUCUGUUAACUCAAGAGACUUGCUCCAGAAAUCUGAAGUCAGUGCUGUGCAUCCUUCUGAAGCUGGUGCGUCUCUCAGACACCUGGACGGGGAGAGCACAGUUUCUUGUGCUGUUAGUCAUCUAUGGUGUCAGGUAUUUUUGCAGAACAUGUGCACAACCCUGAAUUACCUUUAGUCUUGGCAGGUAAGUUUAAGGGUACUUUUGAUCUAUUUAUAUUGAAUUCACAAUUUAUGCCUAUACUUGUUGGAUGAUUUAAAAUUUUAAAUCUCUUACAUGGAAAAAGAUUGAAGUUCACCUUGAAGAAAGCAUUGAGGUGUGUGCAUGGAGGUGAUUUAUUUUUUAAACCUAACACCUAACCUAACAUAGGGAAGGGAGUGCAUAGCCAGAUAUGAGCUGUGUCAGAAGCAUAAUUGUAAAAAAGGGUAGAUUGUCUACAUAAGCAAGUAUGUUUUCGUAUCUAUUUCCUCACCAGAUGUGGCAUUUUUUUCCUUCGCUAAGUUUCAGCGUUGUAAUUCUCAACCAGAAAUUUGAGGCUUUCUAAAAUGUUUUUUAAAUUUAAUUUGUGCUUUUGAAUUUCAGGAGAAAGUAAUUAUAAUCUAAGAAAAUACUCACUUAAAAAGACCAUUAUGGAUCCCAAACACUUGGGGUUGGCCCUUUCUCUUUCAUAUGAGCCUCGAAUGAACAUCUGGAGGCAGCGUAUGAUGCGCAGACAGGUAGAAAAGCACCACACCUGGAUUCCACUCGGUUUUUGAAACCCGUUUUUUUGUAACAAGAUUGUUGCCAUUUUGGUGGAGCUUCCCUUGCUGUUGUUAAAUUGAGAGAGUGACUUUCACGGGAUACUUUUUUCUUUUAAUCUGGUAUGAAUCAAUACCUGGAUAUUUAAUUGCCAUUCUUUCUAAAUCAUGGGGACAAAAGUGUGUAAAAUGGAAACAAGUCUCUUGUAUUCUAGAUACUUUAAAUACAGGAGGCCCUUGUAACUUAAUUGCCUAUAGUCAACCACUGGAUCUCAGUUUGCAUCAAGUAUUUUAAAUGAUUCUGAAUUUUAAAAAAUGUAUUGCAGUAGUAUGUCAGUACCUUAUUGUUAAACUGAAUCAGAUAAAGAAAUCUUCAGUUCCUAGUUAUUUGGGCCAUUGAAUCAUCAUGGACUGUAUAAUACAAUCAGAUUAUUUUAUUUCUAGACAUUCUUGAAUUACACCAAAGAACCUGAAAUCUAAUUUUGGUUAAGUUAUUUAUUUAUUUCAUGCACCCAUUUUAUUUCCCUUUUUAAGGUCUGGAUGAGACUUCUUUGGGAAGCUUCUAAAAACUCUUCACUGUGGGCUAGGUGGGGCAUUAGAACCCAGGGCACUCCUCCUCCGGGCUCCUUCCCAGUGUCUAGAGGUGCUGUAGAAACCAUAGAUCCAGCCAGGGGCUUCCCUAAGGCAGUGCAGAGCCGGGCCAGGGGGCCAGUAGGCAGGCCCUAAUUACGUUUAAAAAAAAAAAAAAAAUCUAUGUAUUUAUUUUAGAAUCAUGUCUUUCUGUAUAUUAACUUGGAGAAUGUCAGUUAAUAUUUAGGAUAUAAGAUUUGAGGUCAGCCAUUUUCCAAAAAAGAUAAGCCAAAAAAAAUUUUUUCUAAUGUCCUGACUUAAGAAAGUACAAGUGAACUAUAUACGUCUUUUUUUUUUUCCCCAUGAGUUUUAGGAACUAGUGAUACGGCUUAGAAAGUUUAAUGGCCUAAAUGUUUUCAAAAUGUAAGUUCAUGUGGAAAAGAACUUUAUUUGGGGGAAAACCUAUAGGUUUAAAAUAGUAUGUCAGCCAACUGAUUUAAAAGGCCUUUGAACUGCUUUGUUUUUGAACCCACCCUUGUCUUCCUAUGAGGAAGAACUGAAAGAGGGGACACUUCUUUGUGUGAAAUCUCAAACUGGUGUUGUUGGCUUCUGAGCUUGAACAUUUUCAGACCUAAUUAAAACUUGGUUUAUUCUAAUUUCUGUAUCAAAGGAGGUUUAAGUGGUAACUAGUCUUAUAACAUGUAUGUAUCAUAUGUUUGUUCAUUUAAAGCUUUUUAAUCCAAAUAAAAAUGGAGUUUGCAAAGUGAUUUGGAUUAACCAGGUUUGGUUGUUCUGUUUAAGCUUGUGUCAGAUGUUAGGUUCAAGCAGAGUUAAUUCCUGCAAGCCUUGAUUCUAUGCUGACAGGGAUAUAUAGCUGCCAAUUUAAGGGAACAAAGCUCCUCGGGUGGAGGCAAAAGUCAGUGAGCAGACCCUGGUUCAGGGCUCAGGCUACAUUAGUACCGGCUGAAUGCAGUCACACUGCAGCUGGACAUGCGCCACGAGGAGCCUCUCAGGCAGGCAUUCAGGGAAUUCCUAACAUGUCCUCAUCGUGGGUGGAAAUACGGUUGAAAUUAAAAUUGUAGAGUUACUGAUGGUGGAAGGUAAGGAAAGCAUGUCUUGUAUCAUAAAGCUGUGUAAGCCCUUUCAAACAGCUGUCUGUGGCCAGAGGAGACCAGUGACCCAGGUAUGUCUUUAACAUGCUUAUAAGCUCUUAAAGACAUGACCACACUUUUAAUAGAAGUGUUGGUAAAAUCAACCAACUGUUUUCCUCUAAUAUCACUUUGCAAAUCCCUGUGGCUCUGUACCCCUAAGUGUUUAGGGCUGUACUGCCAUCUGUGCUCAUGAGCAUAUUUGGAAUAAUCAUUGAUGAAUAGUUAAACAUUCCCACUGAACACUGUGAGCAAACAAAUACUGCUGAGUGUUACUCUGUUCCUUUUUAGUGUGGAAGUGUGCUAGAUCAGCUGAGUGAAAGUUCAGAACUGAACAAAUUAAUAGACUUCUUCUACCCCCAGAAUAGAUGUGGCAUUGAUAUCUUGUGGGUUGCACAUAAAUGUGACAAGAAAUUCCAAAUUUAAUGCACAUGUGUAAAGAGUACGAACUGAUACUGUACUGCUUUUCUAGGAGAGAAUUGCUUUGAAAUACACCAUGGCCCAAAUGUGGGGUAACUUGGUGUGAAAAAUUCAGACUUAAAAAAAGGAGAGGGAGAUCAAUGUGUUUAAGUUAUAACAGCUGAGAUUUAGGCAAGACUUCCAGAAUAGAGGACAACCCUCUUGGGUCCCCUCCCUCCCCAGGAACUUUGUACUGUCACUUUGCUGUCACUCAAUAAACCAUGCUUUGCUGCCAAAAAAAAUUAAAAAAUAAAAAGACUUCCAGAAUAGGACUGUUAGACGGAUCAAGAUAGUAGCCCUUAUUUAUUGAGAAUUUACUGUGUACCUAAGUAACUUUCCCUAUCAAUUCAUUUGAUAAAGUGAACCUCUAAAGCCCACAUUUUACCCAUCACCAUAGUGGAAGUAAAUUUCAAGCAAUAAAUGCUAAUUCAAUUUUUGUCAUUCUAGAAGUACGGUUUUUAAAAUACAUGUUAUUAAAUGUUUUGCCUUGUAGUUUACACUAGGAGGCACUGCAGUUCUGUAAUCAGCAUGUAAGAGCAUUGCUCUUUACAUUAUUAAAGUCCCCUUAGUAGUUCCUGUGUUUAGUAAGUCAGGUAGAGUCAUAUUCUCUACUUAGGAGGGUUAAAAUUUGUUUUGAGACAAAGUUAAAAAGCUUUCACCUCAGUUAACAAAGGUUAGUUUUUACUCUCUAGCAUCCAAACUAAUGUGCUCUGAAAGUAUCUUCAAUUUAAUGCAGUAAUUGCUUUGCCAGUCUCCUUGCCUUGAAGUGAGACAUUUCUUAUCUUCAAAGUUUUGUUGUCCUUCAGUAAAUGAGCACUCUGAUACAUAUUUUUAAAAAAAAGAAGAAAACUCUAAGGAAGGUUAAACAUGAAUUUGUAGCGGGUGAUUCUCUCUGGGGUGCAGACAGGGAGGUGGGCCAGGGGGGGACCCACAGCAGACACAGAAGUUAGCUGACGGUUUUAUUAGUAUUUACAACUUAACUUUGAAAAAGGUGUGUAAGUUACAUAGUCUCCCUAUAUAGCAAUAUAGAUAUCAACUAAAACUGAGGUGGGGGAAACAUGGAAUAAGGCCAUAUAACUGGGAGAAUCCUAUGACAAUUUAAUUCCUUAUGCUGCAGUCUAACCACUAAAAUGCCUAUGAGGUUAGGUUCAUCAGGAACUAUCUAGGCACACAGGUGCACAGGAGAACCUCCUUCCUCUCCCUGGUGCUGUGGGUCAUCCCUGGUCUUCACACUUAAGCCAUCUCUGAGCAGUGUGACUCUCAGCUGGUGCAGGUAGUGCUUAAAGGAGAGUAGUCAGUGGCUCGCUGUUUAUACUGAAUUGGUUCUAACAUCAGUAAACUAACUUAAAUUAGAAAAAAAUCCUAGAAAAACUUGGAACAUAUGUGUGUGGCAGAGAUCUUUUAACUUGAGAAUACCCUGUGGCCUUAAGCAUCUGCUUCUGUAUAUUCAUGAGCAAUUGUUAGAAAGCGUUUUGAAACUAGCCUUCUUUAAUACAGAGAUAUGUUCUUGAUUAAAUAGAUGUUGGAUGUAGUUACCAAGCAUGGAUUAAAAGAAAAAAAUGGAUAAAGCCUUUGUUUUUUCUAUCAGCUGACCCAAACUUACUGUGGGUCAAAUUACAAAAUCUCUCUGAACCUCUAACUUAGCUGAAGUCUGUGGUGGUUUUACGGUUUUGCUUUUCAGUGUGAAGGUUCAUUUUCUUAGGGAAGCAGCAGUGUCUUUAUCUUUAGCAGCUGGAUGAAAACACAUCUUCCUCACAGAGGGGUGUGAAGCCUGUCCCCUCUGGAGUUCUCGUGGAGGUCCAGCCCUUGUAUGUUAGGGACAGGCAAAGGAAGGGGUUAUUUCUGUUCACAAGAGCACCUGACCGGGGUAACGUGUGGUCAGGAAUUCCCACCACCCUCGCAAAAUGGUAACAGACUGGUAGCUGGCAGAAAUGUAAUCUGCAUAAUUAUCCUGGUUUAAAUAAUCUUGUAAUAGAGAUCUUACUUUUACGUCCAUGAUUAAAUCUGAAUUCUGAGAAAAGGAAAUUAAGGUUAUCAGUUUGUUGCCUGAAACAAAAGACUUCACAAACAAUUCAGACUGUACUAAAAAAGCAUCCUGCUUGAUCCUUGAAUUGUUUAAGAAAUAUUUCAUAGAAUAGAUUCAGUGGACAGGUGUUUCAGGAGGAAAUAGUUUUUCCAUAAGUGCUGUCCAACAGUGACUUGGGAAGUAUUGAAGCAGACAGGAAAACUAUAAAAA